AUGACUUUGACUGUACCCCCUAUUAGAUACGGCCUUAUCCUAAGCGGCAAGGAUCAACUUUCGGUGUCUGCGCUUAAAAUGCCCCUUCUGCAGCCUGGUCAGGUGCUUGUCAAGACGGCGUGUGUGGCACUUAACCCGUCCGACGCCAAAAUUGUGGCAGCUGGAUUCCCCAGCGGCGUCCUGGCCGGCGUGGAAUUUGCCGGCACCGUCGCUGCCGUCUGCUCAAUGGACCUUCCUCGAACUUUUAAAGUCGGCGAGCGCGUCUGCGGCACUUGCUGCGGCUACAGAGAGUGCGACGACACGGGCGCUUUUGCAGAUUACGUCGUUGCCGAUUCAGAAUUUCUUCUUCGUGUGCCCGACACCUUGUCCUUUGAACAGGCCGCCACCCUCCCCGUCGUCGUCUUGACCGCCGGCAUGGCUCUGUUCCACAGACUGGGUUUGAAGGAUUACUUGCCUGAAGCGGACCGGAACGUUCUGGUUUAUGGCGGGAGUACGGCAUCGGGAUUGGCUAUCAUCCAAAUACUAAAAGAUUUCCACCUCCGACCUAUCGCCGUCUGUUCACCACACAACUUCGACCUCGUUAAGGCUGCUGGCGCCGCAGCGGUCGUGGACUAUCACUCCGAAUCCUGCGCCGAACAAAUCCGCGAGGCUAGCGACGACAAGCUGGGCAUCGCCGUGGACUGUAUCACCAACGCCGACUCCAUGCGGGUCUGCUACGAGGCGCUUCGCCAGCCAGCAUCCCCUGGCGAAACCCCUUUGCGUUACUUGGCGCUGGACAGCUUUCCCGUCAAAGGGCACGCGCGGAGAUCCGUCAGGCCGUCGUGGGUCUUUGCCACCACCGCCUUUGUGGUAUCAGUGGACUGGGGAGCGCCGUAUAAGACCAAGGCUCAUCCCGGUCAUCGCGCAUUCGCGGUUGAGUGGAUGAGAGAGGCCCAGGUCCUUGUUUAUCAGGGGAUUUUGCAACCUGGGCGUGUUAGGUUAGUUGAUGGCCAGGGGCUGGUAGAUUCGGUGGGUAAAGGUCUGGAGCUAAUUCGCCUAGGGGCCGUGUCGGGAGAAAAGCUUGUCUGCAGAUCAGUUCCGUUUGGCGCAUAA